CCGCGUCUCUGUCGCCGUCUCGCUGUCACGUCUGCUUCUGCCUCUGGUUAGGAAGAUGACUGUGGGGAGGUCUGCGGAAGCCCCCGAGUGCGGCGAGUGUAGCCGUGAGAUAUUUUCCUCCAAGUCCUCGUCAGACCGUGAGCCAGAAGAUGAGCGGUCUGGAGAAGGGCUGGUUUUCCUCAGAGCUGGCCAACUCCAUGAGUUCCUCAGCCUAGAUGAGGAGACAGAUUCUACUUCUGACACCACUGGAAACUUUUACAGGACCCUACAGCCUCCAAAGCAGAAAGGCAGGUGGUCUCUUUUGCCGUCUCUCUUUCAGUCUGAUCUAGACAAGGAUCAGGAUGGCUAUGAAGAGGAGGACGUCUUUGAGAAUUUCUUCCCAGACAAGAGAAGCGGGAAGCUGCAGGUCCAGGACCCGCCAUCUCUUAGGCCUGACUCCAUGUGGCGCUGCAGCUCCUUGAUCAGCCUUCCCUCUGACAUUACCAAGGCUCAGGUCCGGCCAACCUCAGACUCUGGGCCUCCCUCCCAGCACAGAAGUGUUUGCUCCUGGGCAUCCUCCAUCACUAUCCCUAAGCCCUUCCACAUGACACUGCGUGAAGCCCGGAAGAAGGCCCAGUGGCUGGCCUCACCUGCCUCUUUUGAGCAGGAGAGGCUGCGGGCCCAGAGGCAGGGCCAGGAGGAGGCUGAGUGCCAUCGACGGUUCCGGGCCCAGCCUGUGCCCGCACAUGUCUACCUGCCCCUCUACCAGGAGAUCAUGGAGUGCAGAGAGGCACGGAGGCGUGUGGGUAUCCAGAAGAGGAAGGAGUUUCUUCUCUCCUCCAUGAAGCCCUUCAGCUUCCAGGAAAAGAAAGAGAAGCAAGAGGUAGCUGCUUCACAGAGAGAGUUGGCUGCCGUGGCUCAGACCAACAUCCCCACAAAGAAAGCCAUUAGAAGGAUCCCCAAGUCCAUUCUGGAACCAGCCCUUGGUGAGAAACUCCAGGAAGCGGAGCUCCUCAGGAAGAUUCGAAUCCAGAUGAGGGCCACGGACAUGCUCCAGAUGGCUUCAUCCCCUAUCAGCACCCAGAGGCCCCGGGCUCCCCGCACUGCUACCCGCACUCAGGAGGAAAAGCUCAGCUUUCUACAGACCGACUUCAGAUUCCAGCCUCGGGUGAACGCUGUGGUCCCCGACUAUGAGGGCCUUUACAGGGCUUUCCAGAAAAGAGCUGCUGAGAGAAGGGAGACCCAGGAGACAACUCGCAACAAGCCCUUCUUGCUAAGGACUGCCAACCUGUGUCACGCUCCACGGUCCUGUGAUGCCGCCCCUGCAGGAGGAGGGAGGCUGAGAGUCCAGAAGUCCCCUCAGCCAGGAGCCACACCCUUGCCACCGAGUCGGUCUCUAAAUGGUAUUACUUCGUUUUCCGCCAACACCCUCCCCGUGCACAUCUCAGAUGUGACCAGGAAGAGGCAGUCUACAGUCCGAAUGUCACUUGAGAAAAGAGACAAACAAGACAAGAGCAUUCAGUGGCUGGAGAUGCACAAGAAGAACUGUCAAGCCAUGUCUAAAUUAGUGGCCUUGCGGGCAAAAGCCAUGGACCCUCAUAAAAGCCUGAAAGAGGUGUUCAAAGUGAAGCUUAAAGAGAACCGAAACCUUGUUAAUUCCAGGAACAAUGACCGUAAAAGAGCAAAGGAAUACAAAAAAGAACUGGAGGAAAUGAAGAAAAGAAUACAAGCAAGGCCUUUUCUCUUUGAACAAGUUACCAAGGCGCUGGCCAGGAAAGAAGCAGAACAGCGGUUUCGGGACACUCUGAAGCAGGCUGGUGUGGAGGAAGAGUUUGUGAAUACCAAGAGUCAAGAAACAUAGGCUGUGCCCUGCAAGGAAAAAGCCAAAGUCAUGGAUUCUCCUAGUGCCCAUGAAGAUACAAAACUCAGAAUCCAAGAUUCAUGGCAGGAUUUAGAAGACU